ACAUCUGUGAGAGAGAAAAGAAGUCAAACUUCUUGUUUACCAAACAAACAUUUCCGCGUCAGGUGCUACAGGAAAUUGACAACAUCACCCACGACAUUCUGUCAACAUCUGAUCACAAGGAACAAUAGCAGGUGACGCAAGGAAAACUAUGACCCCGCUCUGACAGCUGAAGAAUUUUCGUGACGUCAUAUUCAGACGACUUUUUAUUUCCUAUGCGUUUAAUGGCGAAACCUAGGUGUGUGUCGUCAUGGAUACCAUCCUUUGAUGUAGCAAAACAAAUGGUAAACUUUCCUUUUUCCUCGCGUCAUCUGGUUUUAUACAAGCAACAGCUGUUCACCUUAAAUAGAGCUUGAGGUCAAUUUUUGUAAAUCGGGGUGCAAGCUUUGACACGCAUCGUGGUCUGUAACAUCGACCCGUUAGUCGAAAACCUUCGCCUAGUCAGGACAACAAAGCCGACGGCUUUGUGUGGAAAGUACGUCCAAUAGCAACACGUGUUUGUUCAACUCUUAUGCGCCACGGAGCUCUCGAGUCUUUACCUACAGGUGUACCUGGGGACUCUCGAGAUUCGUAACGGUCUCCCAGUGCGUUACCCGCGUUUAAAUCUCCAUUGAGGAAGACGGGGGAACGGUUUAAAGGGAUUAGGACGCGGGAAUCAGGCUUAUUCUGGGAUCUAAGGUUUGACAAGGGAACGGGGAUUGGACAUGGCGACGUUCUACGUCACGGGAGUACGUCGUCCGCCCAUACUGGCUCCGUACCGCACCAGGAGCGUGGAGAGCAUACAUGCACAGUUGUCGUCCGCACAGAAUAAUGGUGGCUGGAAAGGAGGGUCUGCACGGGGGCUGGACAAGAACGCGAGAUGCAUGUCCUCUCCGAGACUUAACGGCGAUGUCAAGAAGGAUAAUACCCUUUUAAGCCCUUGGAAAUUGGGCUGGGAGGAGACAAGAGUAUCACCAUCUUCCUCUCCGGGAGGCAGUAGAGAGAGACUGAACCUACCGUCUACACCUAGAAUGGGAGUCAGGAUUAAGGGUUUUGUGAAGGGUAACUCAGAAGAGAAAAGAGAUCAGGUCAUGUCGGCUGUCCAGGCCUGCUCAGCAUGUGUGAAGUGUGGGGACCGGUGUCCCGGCUACCAGCCCCACUACUGGAGGAAAAUCUGCCGGCACUGCAAGUGUUCCCAGGAAGACCACAACAUGGCGUCCGGUACGGAGACGGAGCGCAACGUGAGUAAGAUGGUCCAGGGUUUCCAGCGGAACUCCACGUCCGAUGACGAUUCCGGCUGCGCCCUGGAGGAGUACACCUGGGUGCCACCUGGGCUGAAACCAGAACAGGUUCACCUGUACUUCAACUGCCUGCCGGAAGACAAGAUCCCGUACGUGAACAGCGUUGGUGAGAAGUACCGGAUCAAGCAGCUCCUGCACCAGCUGCCGCCGCACGACACCGAGGCUCGCUACUGCAGCAACCUGAGCGAGGAGGAGAAACGGGAGCUGCGUACGUUCAGCUCGCAGCGGAAACGGGAGGCGCUGGGGCGUGGGCAGGUGAAGCAGCUGGCGGCCGACUCGGACGGGCUGAUGUGCGAGGACUGCGGCGAGACGGUUCCCGGGGAGGAGACGGCGGUGUUCGCGUCGCGGGCGGGGCCGGGCGUGACGUGGCACCCGCAGUGCUUCGUGUGCUGCGUGUGUCGGGAACUGUUAGUGGAUCUAAUCUACUUCUACAAGGACGGGAUGGUGUACUGUGGGCGACACCACGCAGAGACGCUCAAACCACGGUGUGGGGCGUGUGACGAGAUCAUCUUUGCGGAUGAGUGUACGGAGGCGGAGGGGCGUUCCUGGCACAUGAAACACUUCUGCUGUUUCGAGUGUGACCUGGUGUUGGGUGGACAGCGCUACAUCAUGAAGGAACAGCGGCCGUACUGCUGUCAGUGCUUCAACAGCAUGUUCGCCGAGUACUGUGACUCGUGUGGAGAACCCAUCGGCAUCGACGAGGGCCAGAUGACCCAUGACGGGCAGCACUGGCACGCCACCGAGAAGUGUUUCUGCUGUGCAGCCUGCAACUUGUCACUGCUCGGUCGACCGUUCCUCCCCAAACAGGGCGAGAUAUAUUGUUCGAAAUCCUGCGCCCUGGGAGAGAACCAGGAGUCCAAGCAGUCGCCGCCCGCGCAGAGCUCCAGUAGUCCGUACGACACCGGGUUCGACACCCUGACGAAAGGAGAUGGCUCGCAGGAGUCGGAUACUAACUCCACCAGGAGCCGGAAGCGCGACCGCAGAUCGCGGUCCAUGGAAAACCUGAAGCGCGAGUUCUACGCCAGGAAGCCUGGCUGGGGCCAGAGCAAGCUAAGGAUGGAGUCGGCGCGAAAUCUACAGCAGUACGACCUGAGCUCGGACGGAAGUCCGGACGUGAAUCAUCACCCCAGGCGCGUGAAGCACAGAAGCAGGUCGAUGACGAGAAUGAGCAGCGAGGCAAGAAGAGCGACGGAUUACUCGGAUCCCCGCAGCGACACCGAGAACCAAUCGGUGGCGAGCGGCACGAGCGGGAAGCAGUCCCCGUGGGUGCCCCGGGAAGGCUUCACCAAGGGAAGCCUGGAGAGAAUAUCACCUCCAAACGGCUUUGAGGGAGCUCCACACAACAUGUUGCCUCAGUGGCAAAGUACCCCCCAGGAAGCAAGAUACUGGAACAUUCAGGGGGGUGUCGGCACCCAGGGGGGGUUCCCGUCAGCCGUACAAGCUGACGUUAAGGACCCUGACGCACAGUAUGAUACCUCGCAGGGAUACGACAGCGGCGGCCACGAGUGUGAGAGUGACAGGCAGUCCCAGGCCAGUGGUUGGACUGCCCCGCAGGACGUACCGCUGACCGUACCGGAAAACGGUCCCCGGUACGAGGAGAGAACUGUCCAGUAUAACACACAGGAGUACCUUCCCCACGACAGAAGAAACGUCUACAUCCCACAGGAGCCCGAAAUUGAGUAUUCCAGCACGAGCGAGCUUCCCCCGCCGAGAGGCAUCCUGAGAAACGCCUCAGACACCCAGCUCGCUGAAAAGUUCCGCAAGAUGAAGCUGCGCGAUGACUAUUACACCUCCUCCUCUUCAUCCGACAGCGAGGAUGAUGAUUGGCUGAUUCCUCAGAGGAGAGUUCGCGUUCGAUAUGUGGACACUGACUUCACGGGAGGCGGCAGACACGGCUCUAUGCCACCUGGGGCAGACAGACCGAGGGGAAAGAAAAGCAAGCAUUGCACCAUAUCCUAAAAAACUGUGUUAGUGAGAAAGAUAGAAGAGAAAGGAUAUAGAAAGUGCUUUGUACUAAGAUACAAGUUGUAAUGUUAAAGUUGUUCAUAUCUGAAACCUCACAUCCCUGUGAAAAAGUGCCUCUUCAUACUAAGUAACAAGAAUGAAGACACAGAUUACUGAUUGAAGAGCCACCACUUGGAAGCUCUUCAACAUCUUUGGUCUUUUAAAGAUAGGAAAUUGUCUUUAGCUCACCAACCCAGAUAUGUACUGGUUCCAUAGUGUCUGCUUUAGUCAUUUACAAGAGGCAUGUACUUAAAGGUGCUCGUAGUUAUGUUUUGUUGUCUUUUUUUUAAUUUGGUUGGUUUAACUUGGUUAUGUUCGCUGUUAACAUGUUAGACUACCCCCAGUGUAGAACUUCAGGUACAGAGUUGUAUGAUUUUAUUUUAUCGACAUGGUAUAGUUUUAGCUGAUCAUAUAGCAUUUGUAUGUUUGCAGGUGAAUUAGCACAUACUUGUCAGAUUAAUAAAACACACAAACUUUUAAAAACAUUUUGAUAAUUUAUUACAAAUUUUCUUUGUGACUCGGCAAUCCCACCAAAUUGUUGUAUUCAUAAUGUAUGAUGAAGGGCUUUGUAAAUAUUAGUCCAAAUUUUACUGUAUUUUUAUAAAUUUAUUGUGAAUUGUACAUAGUGUGUUUGCUGAUGCACCAGUUCACUAUAGGCAAUGGGACUUAAUAUACAGUAUGGCCCAGUUUUUAACUGUAGAUUCCAACCUGCGGGCUGCAAUUUACUCAUUUCUGAACUGUAGUGCACAGCUGUAUGCCAGUCUUGCAAAAGUGACACCUACCAUAGUUGAGUGGAACUGCAGCCACAAGAAGGGAACUCCAAUAAGGAAACUUUGGUCAAAAUUCUCCAUCUUUUUUUUCCACAGUGGAAUUACAGUUGUCACUCUUGUACUUAAUAUGUUUGAUGUAAGCUCAACAGAUCUUAGUGCCAAUCACGUUUCUGGGUCCAGAUAGGAUAUUAUGUAAAUUAUUGUACAUACCAGGCUUUUUUCAUUCAAUGGUGAAUUUUCUUUGGAAUAAAUUAGUAAAUUGUUUUUUCUUGUUUACAGUCUUCCCAAAACACAUCUAACACAUGCACAAAAAGGAGAUUUGGAUGACUUUUAUGUUUACAGAUUGAGAAUAAAACUACUUGUACCGUGUAGUACGAUUUGGUCAUGUACAAUUUUCCUGGGAACUACCUCAGAAGUGAUAGACUUACAGCUUUUGUACCACAUCUGCACCAUCAUUACAGACUGUGAUUUACCUGGUAAU